AUGAACCUCCCGGCCGCCCUGGGCAUCCAUGGAUUCCUUUGCCUCUGCGCCCGUCUUUCGGAUGCCUCCUUAGAGGAAGAAAAAAAUCCCCACUACUGGAACGCCAAGGCCCGGCAGACCCUAGAAUCGGCUCUCAACUUGACACCUAUGAAUCACCGAGCAAAGAACCUCAUUUUAUUCUUGGGUGAUGGCAUGGGGGUGCCCACCAUCUCCGCGGCCCGCAUCUACAAGGGACAGCAGGCCGGAGGCUCCGGGGAGGAUGGCGUGCUGGCGAUGGAGAAAUUCCCCUACGUUGCCCUGUCCAAGACGUACAACGUCGACCGGCAGGUGGCAGACAGCGCUGGCACGGGCACAGCCUACCUCUGCGGGGUGAAGACCAACGCGAAAACCCUGGGCGUGAGCGCUGCAGCCAUCUACGGUCAGUGCAACACCACCUUUGGCAACGAGGUGGACUCCAUCCUCCAUCGGGCAAAGUUGUCAGGCCGGUCCGUGGGGAUUGUGACAACCACUCGUGUCCAGCACGCCUCUCCAGGAGCCUCUUACGCGCAUUCGGUCAGCCGGGAGUGGUACGGUGAUGCAGAUUUGCCCGACGAGGCCGUCCGGCAAGGCUGCAAGGACAUCGCUUACCAGCUGGUGCACAACACAGAAAUCAACGUGAUUCUAGGCGGGGGCCGGACAUACAUGACACCUCAGCAGACGCCUGACCCGGAAUAUCCAAAUGAUCCCAAGCAGAACGGGACCAGGAAAGAUGGCCUCAACCUCAUAAAAAAGUGGCUGAACGGCAAGCAGGGAGCUCGGUACGUCUGGAAUAAAGAAGGCCUGGACGCUGUGGAUGAGGACUCUACCGACCACCUCAUGGGCCUCUUUGAGCCGAAGGACAUGACGUACGAGCUGAACCGUGACAACGGUACGGACCCCUCCAUUGUGGAGAUGACUGAGGCGGCCAUCCGGAUCCUGCGCAGGAACCCCCGUGGCUUCUUCCUCUUUGUGGAAGGGGGUAAGAUCGACCACGGGCAUCAUAGCGGCAAAGCCAAGCAAGCCCUGACAGAGGCUGUGAUGAUGGAUUUGGCUGUGGAGCGGGCUGGACAACUGACCAACGCCUCCGAGACUCUCACGGUGGUCACAGCCGACCACUCGCACGUCUUCACUUUUGGGGGCAGCACGCCACGUGGUAACAACAUCUUAGGCCUGGCACCCAAGAAGGCGAAGGACAAACGCUCCUUCACCAGCAUCCUCUACGGCAACGGACCUGGCUACGCCCUUGAGAAUGGCAGCCGCCCAGAUGCCGGCUCUACGGAUUUUGCCAACAAUGACUACCAGCAGCAAGCGGCCGUGCCCCUGAGCUCCGAGACCCACGGCGGAGAGGACGUGGCCAUCAUGGCUCAGGGGCCCAUGGCCCAUCUCUUCCACGGCAUCCGAGAGCAGAACUACAUCGCCCACGUCAUGGCCUACGCGGGCUGCAUCGAGCCGUAUCACGACUACCCGGAGUGCGCCGCCUCACGCGCCAGGGCGGGCAGCCUGGGGCUCUCUGGGCACCCCUUGCUCGUUCCGCUGGCGCUUUGGCUGGGCCUGUUCUUGCUGCGAAUGUGA